AUGUCGCUCGUCAAAGCUCACGCCAUCCUCCGCGGCCUCGCAGCGACGUUUGCGCUCGGAGCACUGGGUGGCGCGGCAUACGCGACCUUUCUCCGACGCGAAACGUACCGAUGGAACCUGCCAGCACCCUUGUACACUCACGUUGUCGGGAUGGCGUACGGCAGUGUAGCGGCGUUGACGGGCUUUAUUCUCCUCCUGCUCGACUACCGCCACCAUGCCCCACGCGCGUUAUACGAAAUGAUCAUCUCUGCCGUCCUAGCAGCAUCUGGUGUCGCCGCCGGCGUGUUACUCAACUUGGGCGCAACGGGCCUCGACUGGACAUCCAGGACGAGCGAUCAAGACAAGGACAUGAGAGCGAGCCUCCUUUCAGCUGGCACGCUCUCUUUGGCUUCCUCGGCCUGUUUCUUCGCUGCUGCAAUGGUAGCAUUCACCGGCACGAUGAUGGCGGGCGGCGGGGCGUCCAAGUAUCCCAUCCGACCGAUGCGUGCUAUUCCCAUCACCGAUUUCGAGGACAUGAUAGCGGAGAGCGAGUCUAUUUGGCGAGUGCCUAGUCGCGGACGGGAAGACGUCGCGGGCACCCCAUUCCCAGACCACCCGCCCAAGUAUGCCGAGGCCGAGUUUCCACGUCCUCUGGCACUGGUGGAGCGCGCAAAGCAUCAGCGCACACUGAGUCAUUUGAGUGUUAGUGAAAAGCGGUGA